AUGUCGACUGCGGUGUUACCUCCUUACACUAAUCAGAAUCCCCACUAUCCAUCUGAAGUUUACAAUCCUACAAUUUCGCCAAAUGAAGGGGAAAUCACAAUUCUUGGCCCCGACAAGGUGAAAUAUAUUUCGCCGCCAAGGCAAACACAAAAUCAAUAUAAUCCUUAUCUUCCCCAAAUGCCACCGCCAUACCAAUCCACAAUGCAACCCCAAAUGCCGACUUGCCAGUAUGCCUCGAAUAUGCAACCAAUGAUGAUGAUGCCGCAACCAAUUAUUCAACCAAUGCCAAUGUUCAUGCAACCGACAAUGCAACAACCUCAGCAGCCAAGUCCACCAAGUUCGCAGAACAUCAAUGUGGUCGUCAACUCCUCUGGCGGCUCCGGUGGUGCCGGGAGCACUUCUCCCAGCAAUCCUUCAGGCGUUUUGAUUUGUCCAAAAUGUCGCAAGGGUAUCAUCGUUCGACAACAGGACAAGAAACGAAAGAAAAAGCUUAUAUGUCUUGCCGUAUGCUGUUUUCCAAUAUCAUGCUGCAUUCCGUUACUAUGCCUCCAUUGGAAUUUCGUUGAUGGUUGCGCCUGUUGCGGCAAAUCAUAUGGACAUAGAGGCCGGAAGAACAGUAAAAACAAAGUGAAGGCUGUCAAAGUUUAA